AUGGAUCUGAGGUCUUCAUCAGAGGGGUCUGUUCCCAGUGUCGCCGAGGAAGUCGAGGUCUGCACACCUGUGUUGCAGCAUUCUGAGGCUAUCUAUUCCGAAACUGACGUUGCACCACCCAUCCUUGCUAUCGCCAAAGCCAGCUCUACCUGCGUUACCACAGCUCCAACCACUGCCGAACAGAUCCCUGAUCUUGUGGCCUCCGAGUCCCUUCAGCCUACAACACUGGCUACUAGAACUAAAGGCAGUCCCGAGGACGCAAAAACGCUGGAAGGUGAUCGAUCAGUAACCCCGAGAGGCGACGAUGGUACGGCCUCUGAUGGACAUACAGAAGUGGUGUUGAUUGUUGGCAACAAGGAAGAGCCUACGAAGGCAGAGGGCAUCUCUAAAACUGCUAGCCAACACAGUAACACCCAGGAAGAAGCUGGACGCUCCAUGGGUGCAAUGAUGAGGGUCACGACGUCGAGCGAGGGUGCCUCUCUCAUGAAGGUGAUUAAUUCUGGUAAAGUCGAUGCGGCACGAACUGAUGUCACCUGCGUCCGGAACAACAAAUCGCGCACGUCUCCGCAAGAGAACAUCGCAGAGACGGAAGCCAUGGACUUUCAAAAUGCUAAGGAACGCAAGGUGGAACAGCACCAAGUGAUCCUUGCGACUGGAAUGACGAUGCCUUGCGAGGAUCUCGUCCACCACGAAACAGUGGAACUCUCCAACAAAGUAGAGCCCAGCCGCGAGAAUGACCCCAUUCUGCUCUCUAGGACGAUCGAUCUGCAAGUUACGUCCACAGACACACCUGCAUCCGCUACCGAUAUUGGACUUAAUAAAGAUGAAGAUCUCGCACCAAAAGAAGCGAAAGCUAUGGAGAUCACGGACCCCUUAACAAAGAAGCACUGUCCCAUUGAGGCUGUCAAAGACAAAGAGCAGAAAGAUGGUACGCUUGGAGAUGAUGAGAAGACUGCAAUGAAAACACCGAAGGAUGCGCGACUAGUGCAAAGUGUGCCACCACACAUGCAUUUAACCUCGAAGUCAGCAAACGUGCAACCAUAUGACCCACCAAACACGAGGCGUGAAUGGCCGGCUCCUGGCCCACGCGGACCUCGUGCUUACUAUCCAUCUGGUGGACACCAGCCCUCUCGACUUCCCUUGGACUACGAUGAGCUCCAACGAACAAAGGCUCAGCUCUCGAAGACUCGUAACAAUCUCGAUUGCGAACGCAAUACCAAUGCGGAGACGCAGAAGACCGAUGGAGCGGAGAAGCAAGCAUCCAUUGAUGCCGCUAUGUCUAACAUGCUGACUGAUCUCCUUCAUAAACAGGCGGAAGCGCUCACUGAAAAAGCAAAGGUCCAAGAGAAAGAGCGUGACUUGCACUAUCGUGAGCGGAGGAUCGUGCAGCUUGAAGAAUACCUCUCUGAUGGGCAGAGGCAGCUCAAGUACCAGCUCGAGCAGCAGGGCAUUCGUCCCAUGAGUGUCGUUGAACAGGCGAAUCUGCGCCGUGAGCUCGAAAUCAAGGUUAGACAUCAACUUUCUGAUAUCGAGGGCAAUAUCGCUAUUCAAGAGGAGCGUCUCCGUAAUCAGGAGGCCGCCCAGAAGAUUCGAGAGCAACAGUACAAGGCAUGGGUCUGUGACGCUGUUGAAGCCGAAGUUCGUGUGCAGAUUGCGAAAGACGAACAAGACAUGACUGCAGAUACCAAGGCUGCAGAGGUGGUCUGCGAACGUAGUCUUGCUCAAGGUCAGCACAUUACAGGUGAUCACACUUCUGGCGUCACAUUAGAGCAAGAAUUCUUAAAGGGGUAUGCUGCAUGCUCUCGCUCCCAGAUUGCUCUGUACAACAUGCGCAGUGGUCUCCUUGCGACUGACAGCCCAGAGCUUGCGUUUCUAUACGAUCUAACGCACCCAGAGAAUCUACACAACAUUGGCGUCCAGAUUGGUCGCAUGGAAGAUGUGUCAGAGAAGGUCAAGGCCGAGGCGAUGGAAGCGAACAUCUGUCACAAAUCAGCGAAAGACGGUGAACCUCAGGCAGUUGUCGCUCAUCGAGGUCGCGGUCAAGCCAAGUUCAACAAUGCCGGUCCACUCCGCUCCACCCAAACCAUAGACCACCCAGAGAAGGUACACGACACGCAGCGUUCAAAACAGCUGCAGGAAAUUCAGAAGGAGCAGCAAGAACAGCCGCUACGCAACUCCGUUCCUCAACGUUCCACCUUCGCUGGUGAAUUACGUGGCUCGUCAGUGACUUCAAAGGCAAUUUUUGCAGGUUGCAUCAACUCACCGUCCAGUUCAGACGGUCAAGCUACUAUCUACGGUAGCAUCGGUAAUGGUACUACUAAGGCAGGUUCGAAGGGUAGCGUGGGCGAAGGUGUCUAUGCCGGGCGUCGCAUCGUCCGCUACGAACAAGACUCUGAUGUCGAACCCGCAUCUCCUAACCUGAUCGACCUUUACUAG